AUGGGUUUUGUUCUUGAUGAAAAGACCAGCAAUUUUGUAUGGUUGUAUGAGGCUUUUAUGAGAUCUAUGGGAGAAUGUCGACACCCUAUAACCUUAAUGACCGAUCAAGCCCCUUCAAUUGCUGCAGCAAUUCGAGAAAUUUUUUCAAGCACUCGACACCGUUUGUGCACUUGGCACCUUGGUGAGAAUUCAAAGACCAAUAUAGGAGGGCUCAUAAUAUUGAAAGGGUUUCCAGAAGUAUUUGAUUAUUUGCUCAAGUACUGUGAAAGUCUGCUGAAUUUCAACAUUACUGGCCCAGAUGGUUUGAGUGACUUUUAUAGUACUUUUCUUGAUGUUACAUCAGAGUGGAGGAGUAAAGAAAGUAAGCAAGAUUUAUGUUUUCUGAGGGGUAACUGUCAUCUUGCAGUAGCUAAUGUUAGUUUUCUCAUACACGCUAGGGAGAUUUAUACUAUUUCCGUGUAUGUGCCAAAUAAGGACAUUAUAAGGCAUGAAGUUACUUAUGAGAAAUUCACCUUUAACAUCAAUUGCACUUGUAAGUAUUGGAGUGAGAUGGGGUUGUUAUGUGGACACUCUCUUCGUAUAUAUAAUAUUCAUUGUGUUCAAAAAAUACCAGAGCAGAAUAUAGUGAAGAGGUGGACUAAGAAGGCUAUGUGUAGUCAUGUGUCUGAUGAAGAGACGUGA